AUGGACGCAUCAGGUGAGCGUACGGAGGAAUGUGUGAAUGAUGUUGAAAAAUCUGAUGAUAUGAAGGAGGAUUCGCCUCCAGCUGAGGAGAAUAACGCUGUCGAAAAGCAUCCGGAUGGAUCGGGUGAUGCUGCUGCCCAGUCUGAGUCGGACGAUGAUGUCCGAAAGCUAUUUGUUGGUGGAUUAAACUGGGAAACUACUAGCGAGGAUCUUCAGUCUUAUUUCUCCCAGUGGGGCAAUGUUACGCGAUGUAUCAUAAAGAUUGAUCGUUUUACGGGGAACUCUCGAGGCUUUGGUUUUGUUACCUUUGAAAACGAGGAUUCAGUGAAUAAAGUUCUCAGUGUUCCUGAGCAUAAGCUUAUGGGGAAAAGGAUUGACCCCAAAAGGGCUAAGCCCUCCCGUGAAGCCAUGAAGAAAAUAUUUGUUGGGGGCAUAGAUCCUGAGCUCACUGAGGAGAGAAUAAAAGAAUACUUUGGCCAAUUCGGACAGGUCGAGUCCCUUGAUCUGCCUUACGAUCUGCAAAAAGGGAAGAGAAAGCAUUAUAUAUUCGUCAGCUUCACCACUGAAGCUGCUGCUCGUAAAGCCAUAGCCAAGGAGAGGCAGGAGAUUCACGGUCGUUUGUGCGACGUACGGGUUGCGGUGACAAAGGAUCAGGCGAACAAGAACAAGAAUAUGAAGUGCCUCGGCUACAUUGAUCCAGCUUACGCUGCCUACGCUCCCUAUCCUUAUGGAGAUUAUUCCAACGCAUACGCCAGUUUGGAUCCUUAUGCUUACGGCGGAUACUACGGCUGUUAUGAAUACUUUGGCGCCGCAGCUAACCCCAACACUGCAGCCGGUAUAUACGCCAACUACGCUACGAAUUCAGCUCUCUUCCGUGGUCAGUACGGCGCUGGACGGUCGAACAACACUCAUCAUCCCCAUCAUAAUGCUGCAGCACCAUCGGCCGCUCCUAAUCCGCACUAUCAAAACAGCGCGGCUGCGGCGGUGGCUGCGGCCGCCCCUGGUGCAGCCGGCGGUGCAGGCGCGAUGGGUUAUCCUGCCGCAACGCCGGCAGCAACAAACUCCUCUUCCCACUGGAACCCCGUCGAAUCAUCCGCCCCCUCUGUUCCUACUUUUGACUAUGCAGCGACUGCACCACACCCUUAA